UUAUAAAGCACUUCUUCAAGGAGUCACAAGAAACAUUCAUGACCUUUAUGAUGUUUAGUAUAUUUUUGCGAUCACAUCACAGGGCAUACAUAUCAUCGUGCAACUAUGAGAGAGGAACAGAAUGCAGAACCUCAACCAGACCGACAGGAGGAGAAUCCUGUUGGCCAUAUCAACUUGGCUUUCACACAGGAUGAGAAAACACAGAACGAGAACCCAGAGAGUCCUCCACAGGAAGAGUCCAAAUCCAAAUCAAAGACCAAGAAGAUGAAGAAAAAAAAGUCUGAUAAGCCAAAGGAACCAAUAAAAACAGUUGGGCUUUUCCAGCUGUUUCGUUAUGCCACCUGUCCAGAAGUCUUCCUUAUGCUGAUUGGUCUUCUGUGCGCUGCUGUUCAUGGUGCUUCACUGCCCAUAAUGUGUAUUGUGUUUGGACAGAUGACUGACAGCUUUGUACAGAGUGGACAAAAGUUCAAUUUUACAGGAAACUUCACCUUUAACUUAACGCUGAAUCCUUCAGAAUGUGUUCCUAUACCAGGAUUAGACAUAGAAGCAUCAAUGACAACAUAUGCUUAUUACUUUGUUGCCAUUGGGGCUGCAGUGUUGCUUGUUGGAAUGUUCCAAGUCACACUAUUCGUACUGACGGCCACUAGACAGACCAAGCGGAUCAGAGAGAAGUACUUCCAUGCGAUCCUCCACCAGCCGAUGACAUGGUUCGACAUGCAUCCCAUUGGAGAACUUAACACUCGACUCACAGAUGACAUAAACACAGUCAAUGAUGGCCUGGGAGACAAGAUCUCUAUAUUUGUGCAGUUCUUCUGCAGAUUUAUUACAGGAUUGGUUAUUGGAUUUGUUUACGGCUGGAAGUUGACCCUGGUCAUUUUGGCAGUGAGCCCACUGCUGGCAGGUUCAGCUGGUGCAUGGUCUAUGAUUCUUGCAACUCUUACGACUAAAGAGCUGUCAGCCUAUGCUAAAGCAGGAGCUGUGGCUGAGGAGAUACUUGUGGCCAUUAGGACAGUCAUUGCAUUCAAUGGCCAAAACAAAGCUUUGCAAAAGUACAGAACUAACUUGGCAGAUGCAAAGAGCUUUGGAGUGAAGAAAGCUAUUACCACAAAUGUGUCACUAGGACUAACACAGUUCUUCAUAUUAGGAACGUAUGCUCUGGCGUUUUGGUAUGGCACAAAGCUUUCUGUGGACGAACCAGAAAAUUACUCCAUUGGAAAAGUCCUCACUGUCUUUUUCUCAGUGAUGAUUGGUGCAUUCUCUCUGGGUCAGGGAGCUCCCAACUUGGAGAGUGUUGCAAAAGCCCGUGGUGCUGCAUAUAUGAUUUACAACACCAUUGAUAUGCCUCGUCCCAUUGACAGCAGUUCAAAAGAAGGAUACAAACCAGACAGUGUUCAAGGUGACAUUGAAUUUAAAAACAUUCACUUCAGUUACCCUUCCAGAAAGGAUGUUAAGAUCCUGCAGGGAAUAAAUCUAAAAGUACCCCGUGGAAAGACAAUUGCUCUGGUGGGGUCCAGCGGUUGUGGGAAAAGCACCACCAUUCAACUGCUGCAACGGUUUUAUGAUCCAGAUCAAGGAGAGGUCACCCUGGAUGGUCGAGAUCUCCGCACUCUAAAUGUGCGCUGGCUGAGAGAAAACAUUGGCAUUGUGAGCCAAGAGCCUGUACUCUUUGGCACCACUAUUGCAGAGAACAUUCGCUAUGGUCGUGAGGAUGCCACUGAAGAGGACAUUGAACGGGCUGUGAGAGAGGCCAAUGCUUAUGAAUUCAUCUCCAAACUACCAGAGAAGCUGAACACCAUGGUGGGAGAGCGUGGGGCGCAACUAAGUGGUGGGCAGAAGCAAAGGAUUGCCAUUGCACGUGCUUUGGUUAAAGACCCCAAAAUCCUCUUGCUGGAUGAAGCAACAUCAGCCCUGGACACACAGAGUGAAGCUAUUGUGCAGGCUGCUUUAGAUAAAGCAAGAGCAGGCCGAACCACCAUAGUGAUUGCUCACCGGUUGUCCACAAUCCGUACUGCUGAUCUAAUUGCUGGCUUCAAUGAUGGUCAAGUGGUGGAGCUCGGCACUCACAAGGAGCUUAUGAACAAGAAAGGACUCUAUUACUCUCUUGUCACACAGCAGUCACAAAAAAGUCCAAACGAUGAUGAUGAUGAUGAUGGUGAUGAUAAUGAUGGUGAUGAUGAUGAUGAUGAUGAUGGUGAAGAUUUUGACGAUUUCGAUUUUGAUGAUGAUGAUGAUGAUAUUGAUGGAACGGGAGAAACGUACGAAAAUCCUGACAACCUCGUGGAAGUCACAAUAGAAAACGGUGGACUUGAGAGAAAUUCAAUAAGACGCAGCACAACGAGAUCAUCAAAAAGGAAUUCAAAGAGAAAAAAGAAGUCAAAAAAGUCCAAAUCUAAGAAAGAGAAGAAGGAGAAAGAAAAUGUUGCAGAUGUCCCUUUCACCAAAAUUCUGGCUCUGAACAAACCUGAGUGGCCCUACCUGACAGUGGGUAUACUGGCCAGCAUUCUGGGAGGAGCUGUCUAUCCUUGUGUGGCUAUCCUCUUUGCCAAAAUCAUUGGUGUAUUUGCUGAGCCUGAUCCUGAAGUGAAGAGACAGAAGACUCUGAUGUUUUCCCUUCUGUUUCUCCUGCUUGGAGCUGUGUCGUUUAUCACCUAUUUCUUACAGGGCUACACGUUUGGCAAGUCUGGGGAAAUUUUAACUAUGAGACUGAGGAGUCAAGCAUUUAAAGCCAUUUUGAGACAGGAUGUUGGCUGGUUUGAUAACCAUGACAAUGCAGUAGGAGUCCUAACCACUAAACUAGCAACAGACGCAUCAAUGGUUAAAGGGGCAGCAGGAUCUAGAUUGGGUUUGACCAGCAACACUGUCUGCUCCUUAGGCAUUGCUGUGAUCAUAGCCUUCAUUUAUUGCUGGCAACUAACCCUUCUUAUCCUUUCCUGUGUGCCGUUCCUUAUUGGGUCCCAUUUUAUCCAAAUGAGAGCUCUAGGAGGUCAUGCUUCCAAAGAUCAGAGUGCACUAGAAAUGUCUGGCAAGAUAUCCACAGAAGCUGUUGAAAACUUUAAGACAGUGGUUGGGUUAACAAGAGAAGACGUCUUCUACAACAAGUUUAAUGAGAGCCUCAGUAAACCAUAUCGGUCUGCCUUAUGUAAAGCACCUAUUUAUGGACUAACCUUUGCCGUUUCCCAAGCAAUUCCUUUCUUCGUUAAUGCUGCAGUCUUCCGUUUUGGCGCCUGGCUGAUUGCACAUUGCUACACUGAAUAUGAGAAUGUUUUCCUGGUAUUUUCUGUUAUUGUCUUUGCCGCCAUGAGCAUUGGCCAGACCUCUUCAUUUGCCCCAGACUUUGCCAAAGCUAAAGCUGCAACUGGGAGAAUCUUAAAAUUACUUGACACAGUCCCUAAGAUUGACAUCUACAGUGAGGCAGGAGACAAACCAACAAACUUUAUGGGAGACGUAGAGUUCUCUGAUGUGCACUUCUCGUACCCUACACGUCCAAACACAAAGAUUCUGCAAGGCCUAAACAUAUCGGUGGCUCAAGGACAGACAUUGGCACUGGUGGGAGGCAGUGGCUGUGGGAAAAGCACCUCAGUCCAGCUGCUGGAACGGUUCUACGACACUGCCAGUGGGCAUGUGUUAAUGGAUGGGGUGGAAACUAGGAAGCUGAACCUUGCUUGGCUUCGCUCUCAGCUGGGUCUGGUUUCUCAGGAACCCAUCCUGUUCGAUUGCACCAUUACUGAGAACAUACAGUAUGGAGACAACAGCCGUGUGGUCAGCCAGGCAGAGAUUGAGGAGGCUGCUAAGAACGCUAAUAUCCAUGACUUUAUUCUUAGCCUGCCAGAGAAAUACAGCACACGUGUGGGAGAUAAAGGCGCUCAGUUGUCUGGUGGCCAGAAACAGAGGAUAGCGAUUGCUCGAGCUUUGGUCCGACAACCUAAAGUGCUGCUACUGGAUGAAGCUACAUCAGCCUUGGACACAGAGAGUGAAAAGAUUGUGCAAAAAGCUCUGGAUAAUGCUCGACAAGGCCGCACGUGCAUUGUCAUCGCUCACCGAUUGAGCACUAUCCAGAAUGCUGACAUCAUUGCAGUCAUUCAGAAUGGCAAGGUGGUUGAGAAGGGAACACACAGCCAGCUAAUUGCCAAACAAGGAGCGUACUAUGACCUUGUAAAUGCCCAAGUCUCCCACUAACUGUCACUGUAUUUUUAUAAGCAUCUGUGUCAUGCAAAGUCAUAUGUAGCAGAAUCUUAGAGCACAACUCUAUUUACAGAGUAUUAGUUAUUACCAUUAGAAAGUAAUACAUACUUAUAUCCCUUUGGCAAAAACUACUUAUAGUUUAUUUAUCCUCAUAGUACUCAUAGUGUAUCUAGUGUACACCUCACAAAUAUAAUGUAUUUUUAUUGAACUAUAUGUGUACAACAAUGAAGUUAUAGCUUAAAUAUGGUCUUAAUGUAAUCAGAAACACAAAUAUAAUUGGUUUACAUGUAACCAAAUGUAUUUGUUGAUUUAACUUUAAAUCGACGAAUUUAGGUACUUAGGAAUAAAGGAAUAAAUGUACAUAUAGUACCUUAUUUAUAACCUACUCAUUUAACAUUUCUUUGAGAUAAAAAGUCUUGUUUUAUAAAAGGUAUGACAAGGUACAUGGCCAAAAUUUUGAGGAUACCUUCAUUAUAUCACACCCAUAUGUGGUUCUUCCCCAAAUUGUUGUCGCAAAGUUGGAAGCAAAUAGACCAGUGGUUCUCAAUCUAUUAAGAUAAUGACCCCUAGAUUAAGAUUGACAAGAUCUCAUGACCCUCGCUGCCACAGAAUACACAAAAAUUAAACAAAACUAUUUGUUUUAGUCCAUUCACAUUUUAAUAAUAUUUACCGAAAUACAUUCAAACUAUAAUUAAGUAUAUUUUUUCAAAUUAAUUUAAGUUUAACUAAUAUGUACUGUAAUAGUGGGAAAAAUCUGCUUGCACAAAUAUGUAGAUCUGAAUUGGAGCAGUACAUCCAUUGCCAAAUCCUUUACAGUCUUCUGGGCUAUUCUUCUGCUACUGCCAUCCAAAAUUAAGGCAGUGUAGAACUGGAAAAUAAAGUUUUUAAUGUUCAAUCACUGGACAACUCCGGAAAGCAGCUUUCAGAUUCAGAAAAAGGUUGUUGUAAUCCGUCAUACAGCUGUGUUCGUGUCUCCUUUGAGAGAAAAAUCUCCACAGUUCCCUGUUCACCGCUCAGCCCAUCUUUCCAGCUUUUCCACAAAUGCAUCAACUUUGUCAUUCAUUGUCACAAUGUUUGUGUUUGGCCCUUGUAAUAUCAGAUUCAACAUGUUCAGCCUUUCAAAUAUACAUGCAAACAUGUACAACAGGUUUUGAGAACCAAUUUGGAUGUGACAGAUGAUGGGCGAAUCCCAGAUUUGAGUCUUUUAACAAUGAUUGCACUUUCUCAUGCAGUUCAUAAAGCUGACUGAGUGCACUUCCUGUUAUAACCAUCGGUUUUCGGUAAGUUGUGACAUGACCUGAUAGUCUGCUGAUUGCUGGAUGAGAUUUUAUGUGAUUUAUAUGUAAUUUUGACUGAAUAAUUCAGAACACUGUUAAACUAACUAUCAAGUGAGGAUCAAUGUGAGGAGGCACUUCUAAAACCUUGGACUUAAGUCCUUUGUUUUUACCUGCCAUUGUAGAUGCUCCAUGAUUUAUCCCAUGAAAUCCUAUUUCUACUAUUUUGGUGUCCAGCUUGGUGAAAAUGUCUGUCCUGUUCCCUCCAUUGCUGAGCAGAAGUUCAUAUCAUCAUUAAGUUUGCUGUUAAAUGAGAACCACUGCAAUAGACAAUUGUCUAUAAUGUAUUUGUUUGCUGUAGCAUUAAGUUUUGGUUUCACUGGAACUAAGGGGUCUAUCGCAAUCCUAUUUCAGUAUGACAAUGCCCCUGUGUGGAUUCUAUUAAAACAUUUGAUAUGAACUAGAAGGUGACUGUGCACCACGCUUCCUCAGCCAAUAUCAGUACCUGACCUCACUAAUGCGUCAGAAAAUCCCAUAGCCACACUCCAAAAUCUAAUAACAAACCUUCCCAGAAAGGAUUUAUUUGGAAUGGGAUGUUCAAAAUAAGCAUACGUGUAUUAUGGUACACAUUCCUUUGGCCAUAUAUUGUACUUACUUAAUGAUAUUAUUUCUUCUGAAUAUUCUAAACCUGCUGUUUAUUCUGUAUCUCUGUAUAGGAUUUUUUCGUAAGUCUGUAAAUGUACAUAACGAUUUGUGACUUUUUAUGAUUUUUUUUGUUUUGUUUUGUAUGCAUGAUUGUACAUAUAGGAUUAAUAGUAUUUCAUAUUGUAAAUAAAAAGCAAAAUACUGUGAGUUUAUAAAGUGGAUCACUGGAUUUGA